CUGAUCAUGGUAAGCACUGACAACUUGAUCUACUUCGACAGGACAAGUUGGUCUAUGGUAUGCAUGUAGCUUCCUGCUUUUACCCUACUUCGCCUUGAUUUCCGGUAAAAUGGACGACAUGUUUGACAACGACGCGUUGAAUCAUUAGUUGCUUUCCUGAGAACGUCAAGCAACAGUUUACAGACACUAGAAGAAAAUGUACGAGGGAGAAAGCAUAGUUUCACCAACAACCAUUGUGUCUGGUCUUGGUCUAGGCAAGCCAGCACCAUCGAGUGAAUACUCAAGCAACAUUAUUGUCAAAAACUUCCCCCUUCUGGGAAGGCUUCACUUUGUGAAAGACAAAAAUGGAAUUCUAUGUUUAGCUUUCACCUUUUCGUACUGGGUGUAUGGUACGUGGUGUGGAUUGUGGGUGGUGUUGUUACCUCAUUUGAGAGAUGGCCAAGCUUCAGAACCAUUUGUUGCAUUGUAUAUAUUGUGUUCAGUGAUGUGUGUAUGCGCCCUAUUCAAAGCAUCAACACUCAAUCCUGGUCGAGUGCCUCUGAUCUCCGAGACUGACAACAUAGACACAAGUGAUUGGGAAAUGUGUGAGAAAUGUCAGCGAAAAAGACCAAAGAGAGCCCAUCAUUGUCGUCGGUGCCAACAGUGUGUACUCAGAAUGGACCACCAUUGUCCUUGGAUAAACAAUUGUGUUGGUGAGGAGAACCAUUAUGCAUUUAUGCAGCUCAUAUUCUGGGCCUUCUGUCUGAGUUGGAUGGCAUUUUGGGCCUUAAUGUUGCAUUAUUGGUAUUACCCAGCAUGCAUCACCUGUGAUAAGACUGUGUUCUACAUCAAGCAUAGUAUUUGGUUCAAGUAUUUACUUGUACUGAUGUCAUUGGCAAUGGGAAUAUUCAUGGGGACUGGUUUGAUUGACCUGCAUCAAAAUCUCAAUUGGGAAUCAUAUCAAUUUAGACAUGAAGUUUGGUUUACCUAUAUUCUGACUGCACUCGCUGUCUUAAUGGGAAUUGUGAUGGGUGGUCAAUUAAUCGGCCAACAUUUCAUGUUACUCGUGGAUAGAACAACAUUAGAAAAUAUGAAAGAUCCAAAUCCAGAUAUUGAAAAAAUCAGUAUUCGCUCUGAAUGGUCAGCUUAUCACGAGCUAUGCGGGGGUGGAUCCAUGGUAUUCUGGUUACUGCCUUGCAGAAGUCGAAGAGUGAUUCGCCCCUCCUACUUUUAUUCCAGUUCUGUCUGAUUUCGACGGACAGUGUCUUUCUUUUUAUACCCGUUCAUCACCAGCAUACAGUUUUAGGACGAGGGGAUCGUCUUCUGACAAAAGAUACACUCUAACGUGAUCAAAUUGGUCAUAAUUCUUUUUUUUCGCUGAUCUGUUCGAUGAUCCGUUUAAUAAAAAGUGCAGCCGAAAUUGACAACUUUUGUUCGUCAGGGAAGGCGAUCUUCAUCACUGUUUGUCAGAAAAGCACCAAUAUUUCUACUUCAUUUCCCGCACAAAAAAUUGUCUGGGUAUCAAAUAUGGACUUUCUCAUUAUUUUCUUUUUGCAAAACAACACUGCCUGAUUAAAGCGUGAGAAGCGCUUGGCUGGGCUGGUUAUUUAUAUUUAUGAAAUCCGUGUCUUAAUCAUCUUGCAUUUGUACACACGAUUGUAUGAUACUGUUAUAAAUUAUGUAUUUUUUUCUUUUAAUGUAUCAUUUCCUGAACUAUCCAUGACGUAAAGUUGGCUGAAAGAUGAAUAAAUAAUUUUUAAAUACA